AUGUUUUUAAAGUGUAUUCUAAAAACUACUCGUAUAGGCAAGAGUGUAAUUGUUAUGUUCAAGGAUGAUACUCCAAAGGAUGUUAUUGACAAGGCUGCAGCUGAUGUUGUCAAGCAAGGAGGAGUGAUUGGACAUCGUUAUCAUGACACGAUUCUUGGAUUCUCUGCCACCAUGCCAGCUAACUUUAUAAACGCUACUCCGCUGUCAGUCAAUGUGUCGCUCGUAGCAGUGAGUGCAUUGGACACUAGAAUGCUGAUUGAUAUGUCAUGGCAUGCACUUGACAGUAUGCUUGACCAGCCCUUGACAUCUUGCUUACCUGCUGUAAUGUAUCAAAGACGGGAUCAUCUUUGGGCUAAUGUUCGAGUCUGCUGUAAUGAAUAUGGAUUUCUUCCUGAUCGACAUUUUAUUAUGGAUCAAAUCCUACAAUCUGCAAUGACAUUCACUCGAGGCAGGUCUAAACUGAUACUCGAUUUACAACUACUGGUUCAAGACCAUCUUUCCCAAAAGGGCAUGACUUUAUCUUAUCCUUUAUCCUCGCUCAUGGUUCAAGCCCCGUUCAUCAGAUACUCCCAAGAUGAUUGCCAAAACACUUCCAAUCUGGCUCUGUUUAAUGGGUUCAGUCAAACUACAAUCAUCAAUCCAGGUAUAGAUAUCAUGAAGCAUCAGCCCAAUACCAUUCGUCAUUUGGAACUAUUGGAUCUACACGAUCAAAUCAACUUUGACAAUAUAUCCGAAUUUCGAUAUUUGAAAUCUAUCCGCAUGCAAUCAGAUGGCAGACUGGCACAUAUUCGUGGUAUAUUCAGAGUAUCGGCUAUUACUCACUUUACAUCAAUUUCUGCAACGCUUACGUCUCUCACUCUGGAUGGGCCAUGGUUUCAAAACAUGAUAGAUUAUGGUGCAGGAUUGAUUCAAAUAUUUAAACAGCUUACCAAUUUGCAAAAACUAGUUGCUGAUUUUGACGCACAAACUCUGACAGCACAGGUUCUUUAUGAUUUGUUUGUAUCGUUACCAAACCUUACAGAAUGGGCAACCCUUGGUAGAAUUGAUCAGUCUUUUUGGCGUCUAUUUCGUCGUGGUGAAGCUUCAAGACUUAAACGACUUACUGUUGGAUCUCGCAAGUAUACAUUCAGUCGACUCCUUACUGGGAAUACUCUUUUUUUACGUGAUCUUGCUUUUGGCAUUUUAUGGGCUGCACCCUGCUUGGAAUCACUUUCCUUGUUUUUGGGAUAUCAGAGCGGCACGGACAUGGUUUUGGUGCUAGAUAUUAUCAAGCGUCUCAAGGAGGGAAAAGACUGGGAUGCAGAGCUUUUACAUCAGAAAAUAGUACAGGAAGCCCGUAUGGAGGAUCUUAAACUACCUGAACCGCCAGUAUACUCACGACUGGAUCGAUAUACCAAACCUAAAAACAUUUCUUCAAGCAAUAGCCCAUCUCGUAAAAAAAGCAAAUAUACACUUUCUUCGUAUCCAUCAUUUUCAAAAUACUCGGAUUCUACUUUAAUGUUGCAAUCUCAUACCCCACCCAAACGACUUCUUCGUCAUGUGAAUGUCUUUCAAGCAAUAGAUGUAGAGGAUAUCAAUGAUGCUGCAUGGAACUAUGUUGCAGCGACACAUGGAGGCGGUCCUCCUAUUUCCAUUGUUAUUACUGAUGAUGUCACUACUGAUGGAAGUCUUGGCCGCCAAUUUAAACAGUUUGGUCCCAUAUAUAAUGCAUCUAUUUAA